UCUAGAGAGAGAUGCUCUCAAGGAGUAAUUGCAGAGAGAGAAGCGUGGAGAUUAAUUACCUUCAUCGGAGGUAGUUGGGGGGUAUUUAUAGCCCCUUGGUGCUGACAUACAUCUGCAUGUGUGAGCACCCCAUUGGCCCACGUGGCGCUGGUCACGUGGGUAUGCUUGUACUGAUGCUCCUUCAGCUUGGGCUAAUAGGUGGUAACCUAGGCCCGUUAUGCAUAGCCCAGCCCUGUUUGGGUGUUGAGCUGGGCCUAUUCCAACAUUACUCCCCCCCCAGUGUUCGAUUGACGAACUGGGAUGGAUGUAGCCACGGGCCAACGUUGUUGGGCCUAUGCCCAGCCCUGUUUGGGUGUUGGGCUGGGCCCAUUCCAAACGGGUUUAACAGCUUGCGGCCGACCUCGACGAGGGCCGAGCUGAAAGGUAAAACGAAAAGAGGCGAGCUCGCGAGCCUGAAAACAUGUGGGCGAGCUGGUAUUCAUAGCCACAUUAGUGUGGGCUUGUUAUGGCGGCGAGCUGAAGUGAUUCGCAACAGACGAGCUUGCUCAAGGACUAGCCAUGCAUGUAACGCCCGAUCAGCUCGUCCAUGUGACGACCUGACCUUUGAGUACUACCGAAGUAAAAUGGUUUCGUUGAGAGAAAUAUCAGAGCUACGAGGUAACCAGGGCAGAGAUGGAGAAGAGGAAGGGGUUUUAUCAGUGGAGCCUAUCACGAUGAUAGUGCCGCCUGAGUUGCAGGACUCACCAGAGACAAUGGCGCCUGCGGGAAACGCCAGUUCGAACGCUAGGGAUGACGGCAGCGACCAUCCCACUGCAUCGUCUAGCAGUCCGUCCACCGAAGAGACGCCCAGCCGCGAAGAAGGGAUGGGGGAUGUGGUGAGCAGUGUCUCAGAUCGGCUGGUGAUUGGGGAAUGGGAAGGCGUGACAAUCCUGGGCAGGUUGAGUAACCUACGAAAAGCACCGAAAGACCUGCCCGCCGGAUUCAGGUUCAAGGCUGCACUUCAUCACGAAGUAGCAGAUUGUGCGCCCUCCAUAAGUGGGUAUAAAAGGCUCGAGAAGAUGGUGAGGGCGUACCACAUCCCCAAAACCAUACUGCUGCGGACUGGCGGGCAGAACGAAAGGGCGUGCACAGUGUCGCAAACAGGCUGGAUACCAGUGUACGUGGACCACUUUGACGUCGGCCUGCGGUUUCCCCUGCCCGGAUUGUGCCGGCUGUGUCCUAACUCCCAAGGCGCGAAGUGGUACUACCUCUCCGGGAGAGACAAAAGCCAACUGUUCAAGAAUGUGCGGAACAAAGUAGCGAGGUGGAAGAGGCAAUUCGUAUUUGUUCGCGACACGCGAACAGAGAGGAUAAGCAACGACCUCGCUGCCCGGCUAUCAGAAUGGCGCACGCCAAACGCCCAUAUCAAUUACCCCCAGCUGCUGCCCCGGGAUGUCGAUCUGAAGAACCAGCUGCUUGAGUAUGCGCAGAGGGAGGGUCUUAUAGAUCUAGAAGCCCUGGUUACCUCGGAGCAGCUCGCCGUGUUCGGGUUUGUCGAUGUGACAAACCUGUUCACAGAAGGAGAAAUGAGUAGCAUCCUGGAACGCCAGCGUCAGCGAGCCCAGAGUUCGCGAGGCCGUGGGGCGAGCAGCACCUCGCAGAGGCAAACGCGGUUCGACGAGCGGCCGCCUGCAGCGCCUCAACCACGCAGCUUGUCACAUCGAGGGUCCAGCUCGGCAUCUAGGCCGCGGGCCAAGCAUAGGGUUGAGGCGGCAGCUCCCAGUGCCCGCAGGCGCGCACGCGAGGAGACAGAAAGUGAGGAAGAUGAGCUGCCCCUAGCUCGGCGCAGAACAAGCGGGGGGGCUCAGCCCGCACAGGUGUCCCGUCCUACAACCGUGCGUUCACCGAACGCGCCGUCAGCGACUGUGCGGGCAGCGGCAGAGCCUGCCUCUGCAUCAGCUUCGAUGGCGGGCCCUAGGAUUGCUUAUCCUGAGGGCUUUAGCUACGUGCGGGCAGAGUGCCAGCCCGCCAUGGUGCAAGGCAUGCACAGCUUUGUGCCGCCCAUGGAUAGUAAGCGGGCAAAAGCCUUUGUGCAGCAGCAUGGCGGGCAGGUCGCCAUGAUAAAGCUAAUGGAUGCGUUCAGCUACGCAGUAGCGCUGUACGAGAGCGAGCAGGGGGCUCGUAUAGAGAACCGCGAGCUCGGUUCCAAGUGCAAACAGCUGGCCACGGAGAAGGCUAGCCUUGUAGACGAUGUGAAUCGUCUGCAAGGUUCUGAAAUGGCGAACCGAGCUGCGGCUGCAGAGAGCCGAGCGGACGAGCUCGCCAAUAGGAUCAAUGAGCUCAAGGGGGAGCUAGAGCGAGCCCGUGCCGAGAGAGAAAGCGGGAUUCAAGCGGCAAAGGACGAGGCCGCUUGGAUUGAAGAGCGGGCUAAGAGAGCUGAGGACGAGAGGGACCGUGCUCAGACCGAGCUGGAUUCGCUGAGGUUCCAGGCAUCUCAUGCGCGCUCUGUUGGUAUUGCCCGAGCCCAAGGAGCAGAGUGGCUGGUCGGCUCGUCCACGUUCCAGGAUGCCGUGGCGGUGGCGUCUGCAAACGUAACCACGGAGAUCUACAACGAGAUUCGUGGGAAGGUGCUGCACCACCGCCCAGAUUUUCCAAUCCGUGAGCUGGUGUUCUUUGACGAGGAGGAGCUUGACGAACAGGGUAAGAGCCUUGCUCCCCUUGCUGACACGACGGUGAGGCUGAGGUGGGAUUUAAACGAGGAGGGCGUGCCCGUCUGGCCACCGUCUGUGCUGGAAGACGGGGAGGAUCCAGCAGGGCUGCCCUCCUUUGACGCAUGGCCCGCCACAGUACCGGCGAGUUCUCCUGUCAAUGCGCCAGCUCCCGAGCCUGCUGCUCGCUCGCCUCUAGCUCGCUCCACUCCGCCUGCAGCUGACGCGUCCAUGCCCGUCGAUUUGACGGAUGACUAGUCUUAGGAGUUUUUGUUUCAUUCUUUUGUAUUUUUGUUUUGGCAUUUUUGUAUUUGAUCAAUAGAUUCAGAUCGUAUGU